UUACGCAACUUCCGCAAGCGGUGCAGUCAGGGCUGGCGUAACUGGCUAGCUAACUGAUCCCUUGAAAUGGACGUGUUCUUGAUGAUCCGGCGUCACAAGACGACAAUCUUCACAGACGCCAAGGAGUCCACUACUGUUUAUGAGCUGAAGCGUAUUGUCGAAGGAAUACUUAAAAGGCCACCUGAGGACCAGCGGCUCUACAAAGAUGAUCAGUUGCUAGAGGACAGCAAAACCCUGGGGGACUGCGGAUUCACCAACCAGACUGCCAGACCUCAAGCACCAGCUACGGUUGGUCUGGCCUUCCGUAUAAAUGAUGAGAUGUUUGAGCAGCUGCAAGUCGAGGCCUUCUCCAGCCCCCCAGAACUGCCUGAUGUGAUGAAGCCCCAGGACUCUGGUAGCACUGCCAAUGAGCAGGCGGUGCAGUGAUAGAAGGAAGUGGAGACAAGAAACAGAGGAGAGGAUGGGAGUGGUUAUGUGUGGAUAAACUGCAGUGAAGAAGUAGCAGGGUGGUGGAUAUGUAAAUUAGUUUCAUUUGAUCGAUGGAGACAUUUUAGGUAACCAAGCCUAUCCAUGUUACGUCACGCUAUCAUAUCAACCCCCCAGCCCAAAAAGAAAAGGAAAAAAAAAAAUCCCAACUCACUUCACCAUCUUUUUUAUUUUUUGUUCCCAAAAAACUCUGGUUUCCACUUCACAUGCAGUCCUGCUCCUUGAAUUUACUCUAAAGCACCAACAGGCUCAAACACCUGGGUCAAGAAGUUGGUUUGGAACGUAUGAGUGUGUCUAAGUGUGUGUAUUUGAGUUAUUAUAAUUAUUAACAUUAACAUUUUGGAAACGGAGGAGGCGUAGUUGUGUUUCGGUGCUCUAGAAGUAACAUGCAUGGCUCAGUGUUUGAUUUAGCGAACUGCAUGAACAAACAUCAGAACAAAAACUUUACUUUCACAAAAACAGACUGAUUUUCACAGUUCUUUUUGUUUAUACAUUUAUCAUUUGACUACAAACUUGGAUACACCUUCUUUUUCCUUUUUUUUUUUUUUUUUAUAAGUUUUUUUGUUUCUUCACUGUCUUACUUUUUAGUCCUUUGUCUUGUUUCAUGCACUGAGACCAAAGGCAGGUACUUCUUGGACAGCAGAAGGAUGUUUUUGGUCAGAUGACAUUUUGUCUGUGACAUACAUUAAACAGAAGAUUGUUUUCUUGUGGUAAACUUUCAUUUUGUAAAUGCACACAUCUAUUAUUGUGCCCCUUUCCACCCUACCCCCAGUCACACAAACAAAUAGCUUGUAACUGUGAGAUUGAAUAAUUAAAGUUUUUCCUAUUUUGUUUUUUAA